CCAUUUAAAACCCUAGUCCUUCUUUCUUAUACCUCUCUCUCUCUCGUCUUCGUCUUCGUCUUCUUCUUCUUCUUCCUCCUCCUGAUUUGACUCUCGUCUCUUCGAUUUCCACCGGAGAGACGGCAGGACCGGGAGACUUCAAAUUCGUGACUUUUUCCGAUUGUUCUGUUUGUGAAUUUUCCCGAUGGAUCUGCCUAGCCUUGCCUUAAUCGUUGGCGCGGCUGCUUUCAGUCCCAAUCCGGAUGAGCGUAGAGCUGCUGAGCAGAGCCUUAAUCAGUUGCAGCACACUCCUCAGCAUCUGAUAAGGAUAUUGCAAAUUAUUGUUGAUGGUGGCUCUGAUCUUUCUGUACGCCAGUCUGCUAGUAUCCAUUUCAAGAAUUUCAUUUCUAAGCACUGGGAACCUCAUUCUGGUGAUCAGAACAAAAUCUUGCCGAGUGAUAAGAGUGUUGUCAGGGACCAGAUUCUUGCAUAUGUCUCUCAAGUUCCCCCGAUUUUGAGGGUUCAGAUGGGAGAGUGCCUCAAGACCAUUAUUUAUGCUGACUAUCCUGAGCAAUGGUCCCAUCUCCUGGUCUGGGUGACGCACAACUUGCAAGGUCAACAAGUUUAUGGAGCGUUAUUUGUGUUGCGGAUUUUAUCUUCAAAAUACGAGUUUAAGUCAGAUGAAGAUAGGGCACCCAUUCACAGAGUAGUCGAGGAGACCUUUCCGCACCUUUUGAAUAUAUUUAACAAUCUUGUCCAUGUUGAGAAUCCUUCCCUCGAAGUGGCAGACCAUAUCAAGCUUAUAUGCAAGAUAUUCUGGUCGUGUAUUUAUCUAGAGCUUCCGAGACCAUUAUUUGAUCCAAACUUUUUUAAUGCUUGGAUGGGUCUGUUCCUAAACAUUUUGGAACGUCCAGUUCCCAUAGAAGGUCAGCCUGAAGACCCUGAGCUUAGAAAAUCUUGGGGAUGGUGGAAGGCCAAAAAAUGGGUUGCUCAUAUUGUAAACAGGCUGUACACUCGGUUUGGAGAUCUGAAACUUCAGAAUCCAGAUAACAAAGCCUUUGCCCAAAUGUUCCAGACGAAUUAUGCAGCCAAGAUAUUAGAAUGCCACCUGAAAUUGUUGAAUGCCAUUCGUAUUGGUGAAUAUCUUCCGGAUAGAGUCAUCAACCUAAUUCUUCAAUAUCUAAGCAACAGUAUCACGAAGAGUAACAUGUACAACUUACUGCAGCCCCACCUUCAUACUCUACUAUUUGAAAUAGUUUUCCCUCUAAUGUGCUUCAAUGAUAACGAUCAAAUGCUUUGGGAUGAAGACCCGCAUGAGUAUGUACGGAAGGGUUAUGAUAUAAUUGAAGAUUUAUACAGUCCCAGGACUGCGUCUAUGGACUUUGUGACUGAACUGGUCAGAAAGCGUGGAAAAGAAAAUUUGCCAAGAUUUGUACAAUUCAUUGUGGACAUUUUUAAGAGAUAUAAUGAAGCAUCUCUGGAAGAAAAGCCUUAUCGCCUAAAGGAUGGUGCUCUGCUUUCUGUUGGGACACUUUGUGAUAAACUUAGGCAAAUUGAACCUUACAAAUCUGAGUUGGAGAAUAUGUUAGUGCAACAUGUUUUUCCUGAAUUUAGCAGCCCAGCUGGUCAUCUUAGAGCUAAGGCUGCAUGGGUUGCAGGGCAGUACGCCCAUAUCAAUUUCUCAGACCAGAGCAAUUUUUCCAAGGCACUGCAUUGUGUUAUCUCCGGAAUGCGUGAUCCAGAACUUCCUGUUCGGGUGGAUUCAGUUUUUGCUUUGCGAUCAUUUAUUGAAGCCUCCAAAAGCCAGUGCAUUUUGGAGGUGUAUCGACACUGACAACGGUGAGGAUGAAACUGAUGAUGCUGGUGCAUUGGCUGCAGUGGGAUGUCUCCGUGCCAUCAGUACAAUUCUUGAAUCUAUCAGUAGUCUCCCUCAUCUCUAUGGUCAGAUUGAACCACAUUUGCUGCCAAUAAUGCGGAAAAUGCUGACAACUGAUGGUCAAGAUGUGUUUGAAGAGGUUCUGGAGAUCGUCUCAUAUAUUACUACUUUUUCACCUACGAUAUCAUUGGAUAUGUGGAGCUUAUGGCCUUUAAUGAUGGAAGCACUCGUGGAUUGGGCGAUUGACUUCUUCCCAAAUAUAUUGGUCCCGCUGCACAACUACAUAUCCAGGGGGACUGGGCAUUAUCUCACUUGCAAUGAACCAAAUUACCAGCAAAGUCUCUGGAGUGUGAUCUCUGUGCUUAUGGCGAAUAAAAAUAUUGAUGACAGUGACCUUGAGCCAGCUCCGAAGCUAUUAGGGUUAGUGCUUCAGACUUGCAAGGGGCAGGUGGAUCAAUGGGUGGAGCCCUACCUGAGAAUCACACUAGAUCGGCUACGAGGUGCCGAGAAAUCUUCCUUCAAGUGUCUUCUGAUUGAAGUGAUUGCAAAUGCCUUUUACUACAAUACCCCUUUGGCACUUGGCAUACUGCAACGAUUUGGUAUCGCAACAGAAAUUUUUACUAUAUGGUUCCAAAUGCUGCAAGAAAAGAAGAAGAGUGGUGGACAUGCUAACUUCAAGAGAGAGCAUGAUAAGAAAGUUUGCAUAUUGGGGUUGACAUCACUUUUCAGUCUUCCUGCUGGUCAAUUGCCGGUAGAGGUCUUGCCACAUGUAUUCAGGGCUCUGCUCGAGCUUUUAGUGGCAUACAAGGAUCAGCUUGCUGAAGCUGCAAAGGCAGAAGAGGAGGAAGAAGAGGAAGAUGGUGAUGACGACGACAUGGAUGAAUUCCAGACAGAUGAUGAAGAUGAGGAAGGCGAUGACGAAAAUCCAGAUGAAACUGAUGAAAGUAAACUCCACAAGUUAGCAGCACAGGCAAAGGACUUCCGCUCUUACAGCGACGAUGAUGACUUUUCAGAUGAUGAUUUUAGCGACGAUGAGGAAUUAGACUCUCCAAUUGAUGAAGUGGAUCCAUUCGUACUAUUCAUGGAUGCAGUCGCAGCAAUGCAAGUAUCGGACUCGCCCAGGUUCCAAAGCCUUACCCAGACACUAGACCCGCACUACCAUGGACUCGCAAGCACUAUAGCUCAGCACACGGAGCAGAGAAGAGCCGAGAUUCUAAAGGAGAAACUUGAGAAGCAAUCUUCUGCAACAGUUGCUUCCUGAGUUCUCCACGGCUCAUUGCCUUGAAAAAGCCAAUCGUUAUUCUCUCAUUUUGGCUUCAUUUUUUUUAGUAAGCAUCUUUAUCUUCAAAAGAUAAAGAGAGGCUUAUCAGAGGUGAGUCAGGUCGACUCUCAUUAGUCAAGUCGUGUCUUAAGAGAGACCAAUCUCUGCCAUCUCCAGUUUUGCAUUCUAUAUCGCCAUCAUCAAUUUUUUUUAUUGUUGUUUUUAAUCUUCCAAAAGACCAAAACAAAAGACAAAACCCAUUCCGGGUUCUUUUUUAGUUUAUCUUUAUUUCAGAUAGAACAGAGAACCCUUUGGGAGGUUUUUAUGUUCUCCGAUUGGGAUUGGAGGCAUUACAUAUAUCAAAAAAAAAAAAGCACAUAGUUUUUUAA